AUGAGUCAUACACCAAGUAUGCCAUACACACCCCAAGGUCAGACUGACGUCACACCUAUGAAUCACACCAAGGUCAAGGUCACGGAAAGCUUCACAGCUGUGGCCCACAACAACAAGGCCUACAAUGGAUACUUUCUACUGGAGCAUAUGAUCGACCAGUCCAUGUACCCGACAAAGAUCAUCUACAGCAGAUCCAAGAUCAUGUACAUGCUCAUGGAGAUAGGACUGGACAUUCGCGUGGUAGGCAGUCUCAACGUGUUACCUAUGAUACUGGCGGCCUUACCCAAAGCUUCCGAGUUGUCUGAAUUGAAGAAAGGGUACUGCCCACACUAUUGUAAUACCCAAGAACAUCAAGACUACAAAGGACCCUUUCCAGAACCACUGAUGUACGGCGUCGACUCCAUGGGGACCAAGGAAUGA